GGAGUGACUGUUAGCCCAAGAAGCGGCAGUUGUCCUGCAUUAGGUUCUCCCAGGCAACUCCAAAUAGGCAUUGCCAAUGGAUGAACUGGUGCAUGACUUGGCCUCAGCCUUAGAGCAGACUUCAGAACAAAACAAGCUGGAUGAGCUAUGGGAAGAGAUGGCUCUAAGCCCACGGCAGCAGCGGCGUCAGCUUCGCAAGAGACGGGGUCGUAAACGACGCUCAGACUUCACACAUCAGGCAGAGCAUGCCUGCUGCUACAGCGAAGCCUCGGAGUCAAGCUUGGACGAAGCUGUCAAGGAUUGCCGUGAGGUGCUGACAGCCAAUUUCAGUGACUCUGAUGACAUGGCAGUGGUUAAACGACACCCAGCUCUCAGUGCCACCCUGAGGAGCAAGCAACACUCGUGGCAUGAGUCAGACUCCUUUACAGAGAACGCACCCUGUCGACCUCUCAGGCGCCGACGGAAAGUCAAACGUGUGACAUCAGAGGUGGCUGCCAGUCUCCAGCAAAAGCUCAGGGUGUCAGAGUGGAACUACGAGAGGGGCUGCAGGUUCAAGUCAGCCAAGAAACAGCGUCUUUCACGCUGGAAAGAAAAUGCCCCUUGGACAUCAUCCAGUCAUGGCCUUUGUGAAUCAGGAGAGAACAGGCCCUUCCUCAGCAAAGGGGGAAGGAAGGAGCAGAUGGAGUGUGAAGCUGAUGAACAGAAACGGGGCUCAGAUGAAAACAUGUCGGAAUGUGAAACCAGCAGCGUAUGCAGCAGCAGUGAUACUGGCCUGUUUACCAAUGAUGAGGGCCGCCAAGGAGAUGAUGAGCAAAGUGAUUGGUUUUAUGAAGGAGAAUGUGUUCCAGGAUUCACUGUCCCCAACCUUCUUCCCAAGUGGGGAGCUGACCACCGAUCUGAAGUGGAGCGGAUUGACUCGGGCCUGGACAAGCUCUCAGAUUCCACGUUCCUUUUGCCCUCGCGGCCAGCUCAGAGAGGAUUUCAUGCUCGCCUGAAUCGCCUUCCAGGAGCUGCUGCCCGUUGUCUCAGAAAAGGUCGGAGGAGGCUUGUUGGCAAGGAGACCUCCAUGAGCAUUCUGGGCACCGAGAGGCUAGGUCAUAUUAGUGAUCCGCGCCAGAAAGAAAAGAACAAAGUGCCGGCUUCUGAUUUCCCACACACUGUGGCCUGUGCACAUGAGUUCAAUCCAUUAUCUCCUCUGUACUCUCUGGAUGUGCUUGCUGAUGCUUCCCACCGAAGAUGCUCACCAGCACGCUGCACUGCCAGGCAAGCAAAUGUACACCUGGGACCACCAUGUUCAAGGGACAUCAAGAGGAAGCGAAAGCCAGUUGCAGCCUCCAUGUCCAGCCCAACAUCAGCAACUUUAUCUGUCCACAUGGAUGCAGCAGAGUCAGAGCUACCAGCAACAUCAUCCCUGAGAUCCCAGAACUCUGAGUGGACAGGGAAAACACCAGCAGCCGAGAAAGCCACUAUUGCUGCCUCCAGUAACUUUUUUAAAAUGCCACCAGAGAAGAGCCCUGGAUACAGCUAAAAGGAAGCAUUGCAACUUUAAAAACUUGCUGGAUUUUGGAAGUGUUUGACUCUGGUGUGUGUCUUCACCAAAUGUCUUGUUUGGCAGUAGUGAUGUCUUCAGUAUUGGUGCAUGAUGCGUGCCAUCAUCCAGACUGAUCUGCGUGCCCCACAUAUCUAAAUCAUGUUUGUGAAUCUAUGUUUAAAAAAAGGUAAUCAGUGUUGGGACCGCAGUGGCUUUUAAAAAUGUUCUUGCUAUUGCUGUAUUUAUUAUGCAUUCAUCUCCUUCCCUGAUGCCAGCUCAUAUGUGCUGGGUCAUGUACAGAUUCUUUUAGGUUUUCAGAUCUUUAUUCACUCCCUGGACAUGUUGCUUGUUUGUGCAUUUGGCCUUUUUUUGGGUGGAAGUCCCACUACUGCCCAAAGAGGCAAAAGUCUCCCCCUGCUUUCCUCCAGGCCAGGAGGAUUUCUUGGCUGGGGAAUGAGGGGUGAAUGCAAACAAGUUGAAACAUGGAACCUGAAUUCUGUAUUAGCAGAAUGUUUUCAGGCCAUGUGCUAAUGGACUCAAAUCAUGUUGCUUCUAGCAAAGCAAAUACGGUGCUUGUCCAUUCAGAAAUUUCCAUUGGCUCACUGGCAGCAUGGUCCAUUAGACCUUUUCCUUCUCCCUUGUUCUGAAUGUCUUUAGUCUUGCUUGUGUAUUGCAUGUUCUUUCCUAAACCUCCUACUGGAUAGGGGUUUGGGAGGACUACUUGGACAUAAAUGUGCAAGCUGGUGUCCUGGAAAGGAACCUGGGCCCUUGAAUAUCCUUGGAGUAUGGUAGAGGAUAUACAAAACUUCAAUUUCUCCGUGUAUAAAUUAAAAAAUGACUGUUAGCAUUUCUAAAGGACGCUUGCCGUUGAAGUUAACAUGCCAUUGAACAAAAAAGCCAUUUAAAGUAUCACCUGAGUUCAGAGCAUUCUGGGUAUUGUCUCAUGUUUUCCCUCCCUUCAAAAAGUAUUGUCUGCUAUAUCUACUGGAGGUGUCUCCGCCUACUGAUGAUUGUACUUUACUCUGCAGCAUACACAAAAGAGAUUAUCUUCUUUUCAUAGCACUUCCACUUGGCCCCCUGUUACCUUCUAUGUUGCAGAAUAUAUGGAGAGUGAUUUCUUCCCUCUCUUUUCUUGAAUUCUUGAUCACGCUCCACUUACUUUUCUUGAAUUACUCUGUCUGGAGCUUAUUUUCGGCUGUGUUUUUAGAAUAUAUACCUACAUAGCAUGUGUCAAGGAACAGGUGGCCUCAUGGCUUCUUAAAUCCUUUAAAAAUAGGAUAUAUUUGUAUGCAUAGAAUUCUUUUUGCUUUCCUCACUGGGUGGAGCUUUCAAACAGGACCAUUUAAGCUUGUAAAAUUCAUUUUGAAUGUGGAGGUGCAGCUAGCACUCUUAAGUAGAUAACAAAAUUUGCAUGUUUUUAGUGGUUUUGCAGUGUUCUGCUCUCCCUAUAAAUCCGAUAGCUGAGGGACAGAUUUGAUUGUGAGGAUAUAAAGCGGUGAUUUAUAUUUAACUCUGUAUUAAAAUGUUAAGUGGUCAUAACAUACACAAAACAAAAAUUGAAUGACUCACUAAAUCAUGAUUGACAAAUAGAGUUAUACUACAGACACACUGUCUGUGUCUGAUCCCCUAAUACCUACUUAUUCUUGGGGAGAGAUCCAGAUUGGAUUUAUAUUUCGCAGCCCAAGCAAACUGUCAGAUCCGUCCAUGUAAAUCCAAUCCAUCUCAAAACUUUUUUUUUUUUGGUGGUGGUAAGUUUUAGAACUAAUUAGAACAGGGAAAGCCUUUUUACCUUGCUGAAGGAGUACAGAGGUCAGUUUGGAUUACAGGACAAGCUGUAAGGGUUUUGUGGAGAGAGGAGUGUUCCUGUUUUAAAGUAGUCAUUGGAUUGUCUUAUUUUGUACUUAUUUUGAGCAAUGGUACUUAAGAGGUAGCACAGGAAGCCUCAGCGCUGGAGGGCCUGUAAUCUAGAACAUACAAAGAGAAGGUAAACCUGAAGAGUAGUAGCUUGACUAUCUAGUACUCGUGAACACAGUGAAGGGGAAAGGUGGUCACAUUCUCCUGACAACCUGCAGAUAAAUUUUAGGAUUGGAAGCCUUGUAACCUAACUUGCAGGCUGUUUCAGUGGCAGGGAGUGGUUCCCUAAAAGAGCAUUUGUGCAAUUGAGUGUUCUUAAUCUCAUGAAGGAUCCUCCACAACCUCUCUUGGUUUGAGUCUAUUCAACAGACUUACUCAGAUUACUGAGUGUUCAGCUAAAAUUUUAAAUUUUGGCUGUUGUAUUCCCCUUUUUAAAACCAAUUCUGAUAUAUGUGUUGCUACAUUCUGAGUAUUGUUCAGAGUAGUUCUGUUUCUUCUGUGGUGACAGGACAGUUAUAAAAGUUUU